AUGGCUCUUCGAACGAAAAUAUCAUUACUUACCAAUCCAAAAUGCAUUCUCGACCAUCAAAAAACAAGAAUACCAAUCAUUACCAUUGCCACUAAUAAUACUACUAAUCAAAAAAGCAAUGUUCGUCAAUUUCACACAACACAGCUCGUAAAUUAUCCAUCAGCUGAAUCAAUGACGCCUAAAAAAACGACACUCUCUAUUCCACGUCCCGGACUCUAUACACAAAAAAUAAUAUUAACCGAUGGAGCCACAUACACAAUUCAAACAACUUCUCCAAAACCACUGGUGAAAUUGGUUCGUGACACAAGAAAUCAUCCUUUAUGGAAUCCCGAAUUGAAACAUGGAAUGCAAGAUGAGAGUGGUCAGUUGUCAAAAUUCCAGAGAAAGUUUGGCGAAGAUGCACAGUAUGAGUUAGAGUUUAUGGAAUCGGGUGAGAAAGUGCCAGAGUUAUCUGCUAAAGAAUUGCAGGGUAUGAGCAAACCUAAAAAAGGGAAGGGUAAAGGAAAGAAAAAAUGA